AAGGAAAAUAAAGAAAAGGGAAAAUGGGGAGAGGAAAAAUUGAAAUUAAGAUGAUUGAAAAUACAAAUAGUAGGCAAGUUACUUUUUCAAAAAGAAGGCAAGGAUUGAUGAAAAAAGCUAAGGAAUUGGCUAUUCUUUGUGAUGCUGAGGUUGGUGUUCUUGUUUUCUCCAACACUGGAAAGCUUUAUGAAUUUGCUAGUUCCAGCAUGGAAAACAUACUGUCAAGGUACAAUAAGGCUCCAGAAUCUUCUGAGCUUACCACAAUCGAAAAUGUGGCAGCAGAGCAUGAGUGGCAGCCUGAAGUGAAUGAAUUAAGAGCUGAAGUUGCUUUGCUACGUCAGAUGCAAAGCCGGUUGAUGGGGAAGGAACUUGAUGGUCUGAACUUCAAAGACUUGCAGCAAUUAGAACAUCAGCUAACUGAAGGCAUUUUAGCAGUUAAAGAUAAAAAGGAACAAGUAUUGUUGGGAAAAAUUGAAAAAUCACUGCUGCAGGAGGAAAAGGUUUCACUAGAAAAUGAAGCCCUGCGUGAACAGAUUGAGGAACUAAGACGCAGCUCCAGGCACUGUGAAGAAAGAGCUUUAGCUUUGGAUAAUUCAGUUUGUGAUUCAGACACUUGUUUGCGCUUAGGGCUACCAGUUGAUACAAGUCAGAAUAUGAUUAUACCAAAGAUGGAAAGUACUUCCAACGAUGCUCAAAAUACAAUGGUUUUGGAGUGAUAUCUUCUUGCAUUAGACCUUUCUCUAUCAUAGUUUUAAAUUAACACUAUUUCUUAUAUUACUGUUGCUUAGCUUUGAUUUGGCUAAGUUUUAAUUAUCGAAUCACUUUCUUUUUUUAUUUUCACAUAUUUCUUCUUGUACUCAGUCAAUGUAUGACUAGAACUAGUUGCAGAAGUUGGUAAGGCUCAGACCUAUUAAGAAUAGAAAGAACUUAAAUUAAUCUUCUUGAAUUGUUUUUGA